UUCCUCUGGACUCUCUUACUGUAACAGCAAAUUCAUUUCCAGUCAUCUCCAUUCAUAGGGCCAGGAGGCGCGAGGGAGAAGGAGGGGGAGGAGGGGGAGCCAGGCUUUCUUCAGAUCAGCAUGAGCAAACAAACAGCGCCUCGCAGAAGGUCACACACAGCUGGAGAGACUGGCCUGUACGGGGAGCAGAUCUCGGGAAAGCUUGCCGUUGGCGUCUGGUGAACACGUGGACACUUUUUCUGCUUUGGGAACGCGAAUUCUGCCAGGAGGAAGCUCCGGUGUUUGGCCGAUUCGUACUUCGGGAGGGUCUUGUUUUGCUCUUUACAGUGGAACGGCGUCUUGUUUUGUCUGGCCACCGCGCGUGUUGCUAGCCCUGUUUGAGAGAAGAAACAGACCAGUACAGCUAAGCCUCGAGUUAACGUUCAAUUUGUGAAGUUAAAGGAGAGCGCGCGAAGGGAGGACUGAGAAAUGAGGGGGAAAACCAACGGCGGUCCCGAAAGCAGAGCUCCACCUGCUUGUGGUUAAACCAUAGCUGAGAAGCCGGCCCCUGUGGGUGAAUUGGAGGAAUAUUACUUCAGAUAUUUUCCUCCACAGUUGGCAGUGACUCACGCAGCGGCCACAGAGUGUUGGGUGACUUCAGACUCGUGUCUUCUAAAAUUGCUGCGAACAUUAACCACAGAAAGAACCCACAACCCAACCAAAAGAGUGUUUUUUUUUCUCCCUCCCCUCCGGGCGCGCUUCAGAUUGUUGGCACACUGACAUCUCAGGACUUGUACAAGAGUCUUUUGAAUUCAAGCAGCCGCUCUAAGUAAUUUAGUCAAAGCAUUGCGAAACCGGGACAGCGAGGCUUAAGAGCAACGCGAGGCAGACUACUCACACUGGGGUUCAAGGCUACUCUGGCUGGGGAGAAAAGGAGGCUGCUGGAGAACAUUAAUGGAGUUCCGUUGUGUUUAAAUUCUCUAUAGAGUCAGCUGUAAAUAUUUGAUGAAGUACACUAUAUAAUGCUGUGAUAGCCGGUUGACCUUUGAAAACCUCAGCUCACGUCCUCUGCAGCCUAUUUCCCCAGUUUCUUUUUAACCGUUUUUCUCCCCCAUCCAUGUUUGCGACAAAAAACUGAUGCGUUGAUCUGAAUUCUAGACAUCCUUUGGGAGCAGCGGGAGGGAAAGACUAUGAACUUCGAAAAAUAAUAGGAAAUUAACUACUGAAAAGACUAGGUCCUUCCCUCUCCUUUUCUGUGGGUGUAUGCGUGGUGGGGGUGGUUUUGUUUCAAACAUUUCCUCUGCUCAAAACGUUUCUCAGUGUGUGGGAUUUCGGAAGGACCUUUGAUUUUAAUAACACUGGUAAUUCCCCGAGGGGGUGGAGAGCAGAGAAACUUGUCCAAAUCUAUACGGCCAUUUUUAAAGGACACACACAGAUUUCCAGGGAAGAGCAACCUAAAACUGGAUGCUGGGUUAAUUCUGGCAGGACCAGGAGCCCCGGUGUCCCCCUGCUCUGUCCAACUAGUCCAAAUUCGCUCCUGGAGUGGCUUCGCUUCGUUUGCCCCUUCUACACCGGGACCCUAAGCCUCUUUCUUUUUAUGUUGGUCUCCCGAGAACCGCCGGCUGAAGAGUUGCGCUCGUGUCGCUUUAUCCGAAGCCCUCUGAGGACCUUUUUCACUCAAAAGGCUUGUUGUGAUGCGUAUCCCCGUAGAUACCAGCACCAGCCGCCGCUUCACGCCGCCCUCCACCACUCUGAGCCCGGGCAAGAUGAGCGACGCGCUGCCGCUGGUCGGCCAAGAGAACGGCAGCAGCGCCCUGGUGGGGAAGCUGAGAAACGCAGAUCGCAGCAUGGUGGAUGUCUUAGCCGAUCAUCCGGGAGAACUGGUCCGCACCGACAGCCCCAACUUCCUCUGCUCUGUCCUGCCGACCCAUUGGAGGUGCAACAAGACUCUGCCGAUCGCUUUCAAGGUGGUUGCAUUAGGAGAUGUCCCUGAUGGGACUUUGGUCACAGUUAUGGCUGGAAAUGAUGAAAACUACUCUGCAGAACUCAGAAAUGCUACUGCUGCCAUGAAGAAUCAAGUAGCAAGAUUCAACGAUCUAAGAUUUGUCGGCAGAAGUGGAAGAGGGAAGAGCUUCACAUUGACUAUCACAGUCUUCACGAAUCCUCCACAAGUAGCCACAUACCACAGAGCUAUCAAGAUAACAGUGGAUGGGCCUCGAGAACCAAGAAGACAUCGUCAGAAACUAGAUGAGCAGACAAAGACCGGAAGUUUGUCCUUUUCAGAGCGCCUGAGUGAACUGGAACAGUUGCGUCGCACAGCUAUAAGGGUUAGCCCACAUCAUCCAGCCCCAGCACCUAACCCAAGAGCUUCCUUGAACCACACAACUGCUUUUAAUCCUCAGCCUCAGAGUCAGAUUCAGGAUACAAGGCAACUUCAGCCAUCUCCUCCCUGGCCUUAUGACCCAUCUUACCAAUACCUGGGAUCAAUUGCAACUUCUUCUGUUCAUCCAGCUACACCAAUUUCACCUGGAAGGGCUAGUGGAAUGACCUCCCUUUCUGCAGAGCUUUCAAGCCGGCUAACAAGUGCUUCAGACCUAACAGCAUUCAGUGAUCCAAGAGUAGGAAUUGAUCGUCCAUUUUCUGCCAUUCCUUCCAUUUCUGAUCCUCGUAUGCACUAUCCUGGAGCAUUCACCUAUACUCCAACCCCAGUCAGCUCAGGGAUAGGAAUUGGCAUGUCUGCCAUGACCACCGCCACCAGAUAUCACACAUACCUACCACCUCCCUAUCCAGGUUCUUCUCAGGCUCAAGGUAGCCCAUUUCAGACCAGUUCUCCUUCGUAUCAUCUCUACUAUGGAACAUCAGCAGGAUCUUACCAAUUCUCCAUGAUGACUGGUGGUGAUCGGUCUCCCCCACGUAUUCUGCCUCCUUGCACUAAUGCUUCCACCGGAUCUACGUUACUCAAUCCCAACCUUCCAAACCAAAAUGAUGUUGUGGACACUGAAGGCAGUCAUAGCAACUCCCCCACCAAUAUGGGAACCACAGCAAGAUUAGAAGAAGCAGUGUGGCGACCAUAUUGAAUUAUUAUUACAGGUGUCUAUUCUGGCAAUAUCCAUGCUUUUAUAUGACAAAUGAGAGCACUGCCAUGUUUAUCUUUCACACAGAAUAACAAUCAGUUCUGAAGUCAGUAUUUCUGGAAAUAUUGCUAUGAUUUUGCUCAAUGAAGUGAUUACAUUCCCAUAGACUUUUUCCAAGUUUGAACUUCAGAAAAUAACAACAUUUUAAGAUUGUAGUUUUGUUCACUCAUGUUGGCUAUAAAUAUGGAGAAGGAUAGAUACUCAGUAUGUGUCCAGAGUUUCAGACCUUGAAAUUUAAAGUAUUUUGUUUGACAUUUGGUGCUGAGGGAUUUAGUCUUACACAAUCUUAAAUAAUUUAAUCAAUCAUUUUGACCUGUAAGUUAAAAGGAAGUAUACAACGAUUCUCAGAGAGAAACUGUGAAUGCUUCUAAUUUAGCAAUGCUGUGAAUAAGAGUUUUUAUAUUCUGGAAAUAAUUUUUUAAUCAAGUUGUAUAUCCCAAAGAAUACAGGAAUUGUUUUUAUUUUUAUUAUGUUUUUCAGCUUGCAACUCAUCCUUCUUUGUGUAUCAUCUUCCUUUAUUGGCACCUUAAAAUCUGCAGAAAGAUUUAAUCCUUUUUUUAUAAUGUGCUCGCUUUUCUUGUACUUUGUCAGCUAAGUGCAUCUACAAAAGCCUCUUUUUUAGAAAAGUAAUUUAAUUUUUUUAUUAUAAAGGAGUGACAACCUACAGUCCUUCUCAACUACUGAAAAAGUACAUGAUGAGUUGCUCAAUAUUUAUACUCUGCAUUGAACUUUUGUGUGUGAUGCACUUAUUUAAAUAUUGCUUUGAAAAUAAGCAUAUACAUUUUGUAGCAACCAAAGUUUAAAAUUAUUACAUAUAAAAUGGCUGGAAUAAUUAUGGAUAAUGUGACUUUUAAUUAUUUAGAAAUAUUGUUUACAUUUCACUCCAUUUCAUUCUCAUCAAUAAUUUAAACAAAGUCACUUUGUCCAAUUGAAAAGCCAGGUUUCUUUGAAAAUGUUAUGAUGAAUAUCAUGUUAUUCUUUGAAUAAGUUUAGGUUGUAUUUGCUGCAUUUGGAUGCUGACUUGGGCACUGGAAACAAAGAUUUGUCUCAAAGUAUAUAUUUUGGAAUUCCUAGUACAGUAUGAUAUUUAUAUUCCAUCAACUUUCUUAAAAACAACAUAAGGGGGAAAAAUCAAACAAUACAACUAAAUAUUAGCAUUCUAAAUGACUAUUAAGUUCCACAUUAUGGUCAAAAUACAAUACAUCCCAGUUUUCUCCCUUGCCCUAAUAAGAGAUUCAAAAAUUCAUUUAAGGCUGUAUCCUAACCAUAAUUUUGAAGAACCAAGUUCAUUGUGGUCCCUCCCUCCCACAUGACACACCAUCCAAAGGAUUUUCUAGCAAUCUUACAUAAUUGAAGUUCAAACAAAUAAUAACUUAAGUGUGGGAUUCUUCAUUCUAGGCAUAUAUUCACUGAUUCAUCCUCAGCUAUUUUGCACCCUUAUAAAAGAGAGGUGUGGGCAACGUUGAGACUACUGAACCUGUUUUUGGUCACCCGAGUAACUCCCAAAGUCUCCACUAAAAUUCCUAUAUUCAGAAUAUUUAGAUAUUCUGAUUUUCAGAAGAAAAUUAAUAAAAAUAUGCUAUAUUUAAAGUGCAUUGGGGGAAGCGAGAACAAUCCAAAUGGGUAAAAUAAGAGCAAGAAACCUCAUUUACCACUGCAGAGAAGCGAUUUCACAACCACCUGGGAACUAAAGUAUAAUUUUUGGACACACAAAUGUAUGUUCAUAACAUAGAAAGAAAAAUGUAGAUACUUUUUCUCUCUCUAGGAAAAGCACCCCACUUCCACUUUCUAUAAGUAGAUAGAGGCACAGCAUAAAGUAAUAAUGUUUUAAAAAAGAGUUUGGAUAACCAUUUGUCUGAAAUGGUAUAGGGUUUCCUGCCUAAGCAGCAGGUUAGACUAGAAGACCUCCAAGGUCCCUUCCAACUCUGUUAUUCUAUUCUAAGUCCUAAGCAUCCCCACCCUGACAUCUUUCCAAUAUUCAAACUUGCAGGCUUCCAAGUAUGCUUACAGUCCAGAAACAAACCCUUGAAGAACAACUGGAAUGUGGACCUCACAUCUGUAUGUGUGAUUAUGUUUGUGUAUCCCACCCUGUAACUCAGUGUGCUUUUUUGUUUGGUUCUAUUUGGAUUUUAUAAAAUAGCUUAUAUAAAAAUGCCAUUGUUUUCUAAUCUCAAACAUACAAGAUGUCACUUUAAAUUAAGCAGCACUAGUUUAUGUGGGAUCUAAGUACAGUUGUACUCCUUAAGACCACCCAAUGCUCUCAAUCUCUAUCAGAAGAAUUCAUAUCUAGGUACAUCCAUGAAUAAUGAAUAGCACAAUUCUCUUCCAAUUUAUGCAGAAAUAAGUACUCUCUAUACUUACUUGAGAAUAAGCCCCAAUAAACACAAUUCACUAGCUUCUUCCAGAAACAGACUGGAUUAAAUCCAUUUUAGCACUCUCUGUUAUGCGAAUGUACAGUAAAAAGCACUGAGCUUGAGUUGGGUAAGAUUCUGGAGAAGCCAAUAAGCUUUAAGUGCUUGGUUGGCAUAUGCAUUGUUAUAGAUGUCAGCCAGGUUCAGAUGAAAAGUUGCAAAAGGCCAUGUGUAAGCACUUUGCAUGUAUUCAGAAUGCACUAAACUCACAAGAAUCAGGGAAGCUGCCUUAUACCAGGCUAGUUGUUCACAUAGCCUGGUAUUAUCUACUUCAUAAUCAGCCAAUAUUUCUGGCAUUGAGCACCAUUGGCAAAAUCUUAGCACUCUCCUAUGAUGUUAUUAUAAUUUCACAGGGUUCUCAUGAAGUUUUCAACAAUUUUAAAUAUUGCUUUAAUUUGAACAAAAAUUACUUUGUGAGGGUCUAGAAGAUACCAUGUUACUUAUAGACAGCUUGUUGCUGAUGCCUGAUGGGCUAUCAAUAACAAUCAGAUGUUUUUUCACAAUAGUUGCUAACCAUCCUUUCAGUUGGCAAGCGAUUUAAACCAAGGUCCUUCUGUAUGCAAAGUAUGUGCUUCACCAGUGAGCUAUGACUCAGUUUUUGCAGGUGUGCUGGUUUCCACUUACAUGCGUUCCAUUCUAUCCUUUUUUUGUACUGUUUAUCGUAAACAUUCAGAAUACAGUGCAGUAAUGCAGGAAGGUUUUAGGUUGAGAGCACUACAUCUAAUGUUUCACCUAUUAUCUUUUCAUACCUUUCAAUAUCUUCCUGGAAGUAAACUCAUAUAGCACUCCCUAGAUUAAAAUGUAACAGUACUAACAAUUACUUAUUUCUUACUUUAUUAUAUUUAUCCUUUAUUAUCCCUGGUGGGCUCUUUACCUAAUAUUUAAUUCAUUGCCUUCCACCUCCUCCCCCCUUUGAAAACUAACCAGAUUUGCUUUUCCAAACUGUCUUUCUCAUGACAUUGUCAGUAUUAGAAUUUGAAAGGCAAUUUAGUCACAAAUGAAUGCCAAUGAACUUUUAAAAGUGUAUAUUCAAGAUUUCAAGUAUGAACUUGACCACAAGGCACAGAGAAUCUACAUUUUUUUAACUUGAUAUCUUCCAGAUGUGUUGGAUUUCAUCUGUCAUCAUCCCCAUCCACUUUGAAAAACUGUAAUGGUUUCAUAAAUAUUUUCAGUAGUUGGGGGGGAGCACUUCAUUGGACUUUAAUUUUAUGAGACGUUGAUCACAUUUGAUUUUAUAUUGCUGUGUAAUUAGAAAUGCUAUAACAAAGCUACUCCUAAAGGUAGAGCUUUACAAA